CUUUGAGGCGUGAGCUCCUUGGAACGAAGCGAAGUGUUAGGCGUUAAAGUGCGCGCCCGUAUUUUUUUAAAAUACGCCUUUGGCAAAUUCUUGUGGUCUUGGCUGAUUUGUAUUAGCGUAAUAUCAGCCAUACUUUGUAUUGAAUAAAUAAGCUGUCUUACCUAUACUUUGGGUUUGUUUUGGAGAAGGAAGUUUUAGUGAAUUUCGUCCGGGUAGUGCAUUAGUAAAAAUGUCAGAAGAUAAAAAGGACGUGAAAGGCUCAGAGUCUGAGCAUAUAAACUUGAAAGUAUUGGGUCAAGACAAUGCCAUUGUGCAAUUUAAGAUAAAGAAGCACACUCCUUUAAGAAAAUUGAUGAAUGCGUAUUGUGAUAGAGUGGGGAUUGCAAUGGCUACAAUGCGCUUCCGAUUUGAUGGGCAGCCAAUCAAUGAAACAGAUACUCCUCUUUCAUUGGAAAUGGAGGAAGGUGACACCAUAGAAGUGUAUCAACAGCAGACAGGUGGAAGAGCAUAGAAAGAAACUGUGUUUAUUGAAAUGGCUUUGUGUUAUGCACCGAGAGAAGUGGAACUCGAGUGAAUAUGUGAAAUACAGGCACACUUUUUCUAUUAAAUGUGACAACUUCAAUAGUGAAUGUAAGUGUUGGGUAAUCAUGUGAAAUAUUCCUAAAUAUCACUUUGAAUUUGGGGAGCCCUUUUGUGAUUGAGUGGAAGUAAAAUUUGUUCUGUUGUUUUGGACUGCUAAACUUGUUUUUCUUGUGGUUUUUUUUUUUUUUUCAUUUUUUUUAAUUCCUCAAAGUCUGCAUUGUACUAGAAGAGAACUUAACAAUUCCAAUGGCCUUGCAUUUUUCUGUUCAUUCCAACAAGGAAUUGAGUGUUCUCCAGUCUAUAUUUUGUUAUGUAGAAGUGUUCAAACUAAGGAUUCCACAUUGUUUAAAUGUACUUACAUGAUAAUGGCAUGAACAUUUAAGGAAUUAAGAUAUGCCAUCAAUAACUUUUCUUAAAAGGAGUAUUUAUUAGCUUAGUGGCCAAACAGAUAUGUUGUGUGGGGCUCACAUGUUUGGUCUUAGACCUUGUGGUACAUUUUUUGUGGUUCUGAUUCCACAAGAGGCAUAAAGGCAAGCACUCAACCUGUGGCUGUAUGGUUUUCUUAUGUGUUUAAAAGUUGUAUGAAGUAAUAGCUGUAUACCUAUCCUAAAAUGUAAAUAAAUGUUUUUAAUAACUUA